AUGUCGCUCGCCAAGGGAGGCGGCGAGAACCCGACGCCGCGCGUGCGCAUGUCGCUCGCCACGGGAGGCGGCGAGAACCCGGCGCCGCGCGCCAAGUGCACGGCUGCUCUAAGGAUGCUUGCACUUGGUACUACUGCAGAUGUCGUUGGUGAGAUGGUCAGGAUGGGGGAGAGCACGUACUUGAAGACUAUUGUCAAGUUUUCCCAAGUCGUGGUGGAGGUGUUUGGACCUGAGUAUCUCAGAGAACCAAAUGUGCAGGACAUGGAGAAGUUGUUGGCUAUUGGAGAGGCAAGGGGGUUUCCAGGAAUUCUUGGAUCAAUUGAUUGCAUGCAUUGGCAAUGGAAUAACUGCCCCAAAGGUUUGCGGGGAAUGUAUCAAGGUCACAUCAGAGAGGCCACCAUCAUACUAGAAGCGGUGGCAUCACAUGACUUAUGGAUUUGGCAUGCUUUCUUUGGAAUGUCGGGUUAUCACAUUGACAUCAACGUGCUUCAACGAUCUCCGGUGUUCAGAAGGCUUUGCAAUGGGGAAUCACCGCCGUGCAACUACAACAUGGGAUACUAUCUUGUCGAUGGUAUCUAUCCUCAGUGGGUGGUGUUUGUGAAGACCAUAUCCGAGUUGCGCAGCAGGAAACAGAUCCACUUUGCAACAAUGCAGGAAGUGGCUAGGAAGGAUGUGGAGAGGGCAUUUGGUGUGCUUCAAGCUCAUUGGGGAAUUGUGUGGAGCGCUGCAAUGAUGUGGGAAUCAGAAACUUUUUGGCAAUUGAUGACAUGUUAUGUUAUUCUGCACAAUACGAUUGUCGAGGAUGAGGGUGAUGGUGUAGCCCAACCCCAUGAUUUCGAAGCACCUGGAGAACAAGUUGAAAUCCCAGAAGGUCAAGAUGCGGCUCAGCUGAUGAACUCUCUGCAGAUGCAUCAGAAUCUUCGAGAUCAACAGGUGCACACGCAACUACUCAAUGAUCUUCUGGAGCACAUGUGGACCAACAAUGGCAACCAAGAAGCCAAUGCUUGA